GUGGGGAUCUUGUUGCUACGGUAGAGGUGGCUUCGGCGCGGACUUCACCCAGAACUCGUUGCUGGCCAAGUACCGCCCGGACCUGCUCCACCUGCCUACCACCAACGGUGAGCACUGCACCGGCGACGGCAUCAAGAUGGGCGAGGCCAGAGUGCCAUGUUCAAAGCGAAGCGCAGCAGCACAGGCAACGUACAGUUCAUGUCUUUCAGAGUAUUUAUUUCUCGGCUGUGUGCAUGGGCAGCAGGAGAUCGGGGCGAAGACCAUCGACCUGGAGUGGGUGCAGGUCCACCCCACUGGCCUCGUGAAGCCGGACGACGCGGAUGCCAAGAUCAAGUUCCUCGCUGCCGAGGCCCUCCGGGGUGUGGGCGGCAUCAUCCUGAACGCGGAGGGCAAGCGCUUCUGCAACGAACUGGGCCGCCGUGACUACGUCACUGGCGAAAUGUGGAAGAGCAAGCCGCCAUUCAGGCUCUGCCUCAACAAGGCCGCCUCCGAUGAGAUCAUCUGGCACUGCAAGCACUACACAGGGCGUGGCGUCAUGAAGUUCUACGGCAGCGGUGCUGACCUGGCGAAGGACAUGGGCGUGCCCUUGUCGGUGAUCGAGCAGGCCCAUGAGGAGCACUUCCAGGCGGCAAAGAAGACGGAGACGGACCCUGACGGCGGCCCGUACCCCGCCUACCCGUCGGGCAAGUGCUGGGACGAGGCCAGUGGCAAGACGGGCAGCGGUAAGAAGUUCUUCCACAACAUCAUCCCUGGAGACGCAGUCAAGAAUGAGCCCUUCUACGUGGCCAUCAUCACCCCAGUGAUCCACUACUGCAUGGGUGGCCUGCUCGUCGACACCGACUCCGCUUGCGUCGGCACGAGCAACACGGCGAUCCCCGGCCUCUACGCCGCAGGCGAGGUGGCCGGCGGCGUGCAUGGCAACAACCGCUUGGGCGGAAACUCUUUGCUGGACUGCGUGGUCUUCGGCCGCGUGGCGGGCAAGGCAGCUGCCAAGUACAUGUUGGGCGCAGACAUGAAGGACGUGGACCUCCGGGAGAUCACUGGCGGUGGGCUGACGGGAGCCGUUGAGAGCUCCAAGCUUGCUGGUGGCUCCUAUGAGGACAAGAUGAACUCCUCAGCACCUGCCGCAGCAGCAGCGGCGCCCGCGGCCGGUGGCGGCGGGGGUGGCGGCAUCACCUUGGCCGAUGUGGCCAAGCACAACACCAAGACGGACUGCUGGGUGGUGGUCGAUGGUCAGGUGCUUGACGUCACCAGCUUCCUGUCGGAGCACCCAGGUGGCGAGCUGGCCAUUCUCACCUUCGCCGGAAAGGAUGCCACGGAAGAGUUCAACAUGAUUCACCCUCCCGAUGUCAUCGGGAAGUACGCUCCUGAUUCCGUUGUCGGAAUGAUUGGUGGUGGUGGCGGCGGGGGUGGUGUGGCCGCUGCCGCUGGUGGAGGCGGCGGCGGUGGCGGUGGAAUCCCCCUGACGGAAGUCGCCAAGCACAACACCAAGACUGACUGCUGGGUGGUGGUCGAUGGACAGGUGCUUGACGUCACCAGCUUCUUGUCGGAUCACCCGGGUGGCGAGUUGGCCAUCCUCACCUUUGCCGGAAAGGAUGCCACGGAGGAGUUCAACAUGAUCCAUCCGCCAGAUGUGAUCGGCAAGUACGCGCCGGACUCCGUGAUCGGCGCCGUUGGCUCGGGCGUGGCCGCUGCCGCGCCCAGCGCCGCCCCCAAGGCCAGCGGGCCCAUCAGGAAGGACACGGGCAGCAAGCUCGGGAACCACCAGGCCUGGGGGCACCUGGACGGGGCGCCCAACUGGCGCGUGGACCUCGACGAGAACCCAGGUGUGCUCCUCAUCAAUGUGAAGUCCUACUUCAAUGCGACCUGGUUCCUGCUGCUGGCAGUGCUAUAUGAGGUCUGCGCCACAAUCUUCUCAGCAAAGAACAUCAAGAUCUCCAAUGACCGCCUUGGUCUGACGCGAAGCGCCAUCCUGCUGAUUCUCUUCAUCGUCAUCCAUGCGGUUGGCAAUCUCCACGUCUUCAAAGGCCCGGAUGACUUCAACGGCUACGGCUACUUCUAUGUGCGGCUGUACUGGACGGGGUUUGGCCUUCCAGCCAACAUCGUUGAGGAGUACAUCCUCCUGUCUGUGUUGCUCCACGUCUUCGUGGGCUUGAAGCGAACUUGGGACAUGAAGUUGGCCUUGGUGCAGAGCCAGGGUGUCAGCGUCCUGAACUUGGCCAUCUCUGGCCUCAUGCUGCUCACCUUCAUGACCAUCCACUUGUUCCAGUUCCGCUUCGGCGACACCGACCAGUUCGGCCCGUACUACAUCCGGCCGCCUCCGUACCUCAUCAACUUCUGGGGCAUCUCCUCCCUGAACCUCUUCUGGACCAAGGACGCCAGCAUCGAGCCUGUUGGCGUGCGUGACAUCUACGCCCUGGAAUUCCAGAUCUUCAAGAACCCUCUGUGGUCUUUCUUCUACAUCUUCUCCGUGUUCAUCUUCAUGUACCAUGCCUGCGUCGGCUGGAAGAAGGUGACGCCAGUGCUUGGCAUUCCCAGGGGGCACAUUUGGCGAGUUGAGCUCAUCGGCUAUGCCAUCAUGAUUGUCAUGGGCUUGGUCUACAUCUCCUUCCCCCUCUAUGUCAUGGCCACCACGCCUUUCUCAG